CGGCGCGACGCUUCGUGUGGUGACGUAUAUAUGAAUCGCCAGUAGCUUGUGUCAAAUUAAAAGUCCUCUCAGAAAAAGGCUUCAAUCUUCGCUUUUUUAAUAAUGUAAUAUUCGUGACUGACAGGAGAAACCCCCGCAGUCCUCGACCCCUCUCGGUGUAGAUUUGACAGCAGAGACGGAGGAUGGACUUUGUGAGCGAGGACUUGUUCUGGUUUUCAGGCUCUUCGUUGUAUUUUUAACUUGUUUACGUCGGGGCGCCCGUCGAACUGGAGACCGACUGUUUCCCUCCCGAUGUUAAAACCUGCACCGACUCGUCUGGACCUGGAUCUCUGCGGGUGAUUGUUCCCAUCCGAGGCAGCUAGCCUGAGAUCGGAUGAAUGCCAAACCCUGCGACUUUGCCUUCGCCAAAAGGACUCCAUGUCUUUCUUGGACUGUUCCUGCAUCUCCCAUGCUCAGGUCCAGCCAUUGGACAUAGAGGAGCAGUAUGAGGACACCAGCCACCAGUUCCUGAGCUGUGACGGUUCUGAAUACACUCUGCAAGGGCCCGCGGGUGGCGAUGACAUCACAGGGCUGUCGGCUGAGCCCGCCCACUACCAGCUACUGGCUGAGCUCGGUAGGGGCUUCAAUAACCUGAGCCAGGUGAGCAUGGCACGGCACAUCCCGACCAACCAGCUGGUGGCUGUCAAACAAACCAACCUGGACGAGUGCACCGAGGAGGAGCUGCUGCAGCUCAUGAACGAGGUUCUCCUGUCCCGGCUUUUCCGCCACCAGAACCUGCUGACCUCUCGCCGGGUUUUCAGCUCUUGCUGCCAACUGUGGGUCCUCACACCGCUCAUGGCCUAUGGCUCCGCUGACCGCUUACUGAGGACAUAUUUCCCUGAUGGAAUGAGUGAGUCCCUGAUAGCCUACUUGCUGUACGGUGUUCUGAAAGCGUUGGAAUACCUGCAUCGGAUGGGCUAUGUUCACCGGGCACUGAAGGCCAGUCAUAUCCUGCUGUCAGGGGAGGGGCGUGUUUACCUCUCAGGGCUCCACAGUAUCUACAGUAUGAUGCGUGAGGGAAAGAGGAUGAGGGCGGUGUUCGAUAUGCCCAAUCACAGCCCCGCCCUUCUGCCCUGGCUCAGCCCUGAACUACUGCGACAGGACCUGCAUGGUUAUGGAGUAAAGUCAGAUAUCUACAGUUUAGGUAUCGUUGCCUGUGAGCUGGUCAGUGGCAGGGUGCCUUUUCAGGACAUGGCCCCCACUCAGAUGCUGCUUCAGAAGCUGCGUGGCUCCCACUGCUGCCUGCUGGACGUGGCCCCCUUCCCCCUGGGCGAGCUCGGGGGCCUGAAGGUGUCGCGGUCCGGGGUGGACUCCGGCAUCGGGGAGAGCGUGGCCACAGGAAGCCUGACACACAGCGCCACUGCUCCUCCCACCGACCGACCUCAGAGCCCCGGACCCAAGAACCACUCGGCCACCCUCCACAACCUGGUCCAGAUGUGUCUGCAGCAGCAGCCCGAGCUCAGACCGUCAGCGUCUUCACUGUUGACCCACGCCUUCUUCAAGCAGGUGAAGAGGCACAGAAGAGACUCCUUCCUCAGCCUCAUGUACCCAGCGGUGCCGCUCACCAGCCCAGAGGACACUCCAGUAUCCAGCCCCCCCGGUCCAUCCUGCCACGCUCUGACAAUGCCCAGCGCCGACACUCCCGAGGCUGUGUGGGACUUCUCCUAACCCCUUCCAUAUCCCAAGAUUGCUGAAAGCCAUGACUAGUAAACCAAACUCAAGACAAUCAAAGCAAAGUGGCCACACUCUACUGUGCUUUCAUUUUGUUCUUAUCACUAACCUAACUCUCUGAGCCUUUUUAGUAGUUUUGUUUAAACGUGUUUAUCUAAUGCAUAUAUGGAUUUGGUUGUUGGUGAAAGUGCUGGAUCUAAGAAGCUGCUCUGGUAAUGCACUAAGGAUUCAUAAUAAUAAUAAUAAUAAAGAUAAGGGACUACCGAUGAGUCACAGGAGAACAGAUUAUUAGUUGACUACUAAUCACACUCUGACUAUGAGGGCAAAAGGCAACUACGAGUUAAAGAAGUCCAGCCAGAUACACUUCAUCGUUAAACACAGAUAUUGUGUGUUUAACAGUUUACGUUUAGAACACAGUAUUUUGUUUCUACGGUGAGUUUGUCCGUUAAGUGUUAUGUCUUCUGACUGUGAAUCGUGAAUACUGUGGUACAGAAAAUAGAGGUUACCGACUCAUAUGUGCAAAUAUGUUCACCGAUAUCAGAGCUUUCCACUCCAGAGCCUAAGAAUCAUUGCGUUGUUUUUUUUUGGAGACUGACAGCAUAACAGUGAUAGUUGUCUGUACAUUUGUUGUCAUCCACUGCACCCAGGAAGAUGCACGAGCUAAUUCAGCAAGCAAAAUGUAAGAACUCCACUUGAACAUAGAACAUAACAUACGUAAGAACUACUUCAAAUGGCCGAAAACAACUGAACAAUUUAUAAGGUUAUUUCAGUUUACAAAACUGACCUUGAUCGCAAAUGUAAAUAUAUAUUUUGCUGUAUGUUUGAACAUAUAUGCCCCUGUAUUCCUGUAUAUUCAUCUGAAAUGUUUGCCUAUGAGUUAAUAGGAUAAGGUGCAACUUGGCUUAUUUAAAAAGAAGCACUUGAGCAAUAGAAUCUAUCUCUCUAUGUAUCAUUAGUGUUUCCUGCAGGAGUCAUGUUAGAACCCAGCAGUAGAGACACUAGAUGAAGGUAAUCACCUUCCCUGAUCAUUAGUGAUAAGGCAAAAGAGAGAUAUCUCUAUUCUGUGACCCUUACACAACAACGCCUUUAUGUUUUACUGAAACCUGAUUUCUAAAUAUGGUGAUUGAUCUACUAACUGUGACAAAGUGUACUGUGUAUAGCAACUGUGAUUUGCAGUACAUAUCAAACCUGGUAGCUGUAUGAGCCUGAUAUAUACACACAUAAAUGAUAUGUAUCAAUAAAAGAAAAUGGAUUUCUUAA